UUUUCAUGGUAAAAGUCCCCCAUAUUUGUUAUGUGAUGACAUAAUAAGUAGGAGUUAUGAGAUUAUUGAGAUGUAGUAGGUACGAGCUGUAACACUAAUAAAUAAGGCAUCACUUUCUUGGAAGUUCAAAAGAAGGAGAGCAAAGCUAUUAUAUAGAGUCCCACACUAGUAUACUUUAUCAUCCAGGCAGAACCCUGGAAAACGUGUUGGGUCGAGGAGGAUCUUCAUGGUAAAACCAAGGAAAGGUCAUUCGAGGGACAUUUCUUGGAAAUUAUUUGAAAAAAACUGUUUAGCAGCACCAUCUAAAACAAAAUUUAGGAAAUUUUUUCACUGUAACUUUUUUCAUGAACACAUUAAUACACUAUAUUCAUAAAAAAUAUUCAUAUCAAUAUACCAAUUAAAUAAUGCAAUAAAACGCCAAUUUUUAUCAAACCAGAAACAUUACGAAUGCAACUGAUAAAAAAAUCCCACAGGGCAAACCAUAAUCAGUAGUACUUUACAAAGAACAAUAAAUUUAACUCAUCGGACUAAUGAAAACAGUAGUAGCUAAUUUAUAACGAGACACACCGCACCGUCAACGGUCUGACCGCAUAAAAGAUCGACCAGUACCAAACUAAAGUCGUACGGGUACCAAAACCACUUACCACUUAGUUAUCUCCGGACCUUCCGAUUGAUCGUUCGGUAUGAGAUUUUCUUUGUAAACGGUGGUGGUGCCGUUGUCGGAUACCUUGUAAAGGGGCCCUGGGUUUUAGGCCAGACACACUUACACCCAAUUAAGCAUCAUGCCAAACCAUCUAAAACCCACCAUCACCCUCAUAGUAAUCCUCCUAACAAUAAAACUAUCAAACUGUGAUACGCACCCUUAUAAAAAACAAAAACCCAACAUAAUCCUUUUUCUAACUGAUGACCAGGACGUCGAAUUAGGCUCUUUGAAUUUCAUGCCGAAAACACUGAAAAAUAUCCGAGAAAACGGUUUGGAAUUUCGGCAUGCCUAUGUUACUACCCCAAUGUGCUGUCCUUCUCGAAGUUCAUUGCUGACAGGAAUGUACGUGCAUAAUCACGAAGUAUUUACUAAUAAGGAUAAUUGUUCGAGUAGUCAAUGGCAAGCCACACAUGAGACGAAAAGCUUUGCUACCUAUUUAUCAAAUGCUGGCUACAGAACUGGUUAUUUCGGAAAAUAUCUAAACAAAUAUAAUGGCACAUACAUCCCGCCUGGUUGGAGGGAAUGGGGCGGCCUAAUAAUGAACUCCAAAUACUACAAUUACUCGGUAAACAUGAACGGCCAGAACAUUAAACACGGAUUCGAAUACGACAAAGACUACUACACCGACGUCAUAGCAAAAGACGCUAUGAAUUUCAUCAGGAACUCGAAGAAACAAUUCCCCAACAAACCUAUUAUGUUGGUAAUGGCUUUUCCGGCACCUCAUGGUCCUGAGGACUCUGCUCCGCAGUUUUCGGAUUUGUACUUUAAUGUCACCACACAUCACACACCUUCCUACAAUUUCGCACCGAACCCCGACAAACAAUGGAUUCUACAAGUGACAGGCCAAAUGCAACCGUUACACAAAGAUUUCACCAAUAUGUUGAUGACCAAACGGCUACAGACUCUACAGUCUGUAGACAAGGCUGUAGAAGACGUCAUCAACGAGCUGGAUAGUUUAGAAGAGCUGGAAAAUUCUUUUGUGGUUUACACCAGCGAUCAUGGGUACCAUUUGGGGCAGUUCGGAUUAGUUAAGGGUAAAAGUUUUCCAUUCGAAUUCGACGUCAGAGUACCGUUUCUAGUACGAGGUCCAGGUAUUGAGCGGGGUGGUACCAAAAACGAAAUCGUGCUAAAUAUCGAUUUAGCACCAACAUUUUUGGAUAUUGCUGGUAUCAAAGCACCAACGCAAAUGGACGGACGUUCAAUACUACCUGCGAUAUUUGGUAAUGGAAAAAGGAAACUUAAAUGGCCUGAUACAUUUUUGAUUGAGAGUUCAGGUCGUCGUGAAACGCCCCAUUUACAAACUAAACAAUAUGAAAACAAUCUGUUACAAUACUCAGUGCCUAAAGACCUACUGGAAAAAUGGAACUUUACGCAAAGAAGUGGAAUCAGUAACGAUCUACUAAUACAACUGUAUAAAAAUUUGAACCCGUUGGAAGCCAUCCAGAAAAAGAUAUUUGUAGAUGAAAACCGUAACAAUGACGUGCACGGGAAACUUAAUGGGAGCGGAUUUGUGAACAUCAAACAGAAAUUCGCUGAAUUUAAUCAGGGAGUUUCCACAAGAGUUGGCAGAGAAACCUUCCGAUGCUUCUUCGACACUAAAUUACCAUGUCGUAAUGGACAAAAAUGGUUCUGUCAAAUGCACAAUGGCAAAUGGCACAAGUACAAGUGCAAAGAAGAAACGAAAUUAGCCGAAAACGAAGAUAAACAGUGUAUUUGUUUUACUGCAGAUGGGCCAGUGUUUAAACCUUAUUGGAUGAAAACCAAACGUUCCGGAUUACUCCGUCACAAAAACGAGUACAAAUACUGCUAUUGUGACAACGAAAACGACGAAAUCAGCCACGACUUGUCCGAUUACGAACCCUCAACGGAAGAAAAAAUCAAACUCAAAAAACAACGCAAAAAAGAAGAAGUUUGCCAUCACGAAAGGAUGACCUGUUUCGAACACAACAACGACCAUUGGCGCACCUCACCAAAAUGGACCGAAGGCCCUUUUUGUUUUUGCAUGAAUGCCAAUAACAACACUUACUCGUGUCUUAGGACUAUCAAUUUGACGCAUAAUUUUUUGUAUUGCGAAUUCACUACAGGAUUAGUGACGUUUUAUAAUUUACGGAUUGAUCCAUUCGAGUUACAAAAUAGAUACCAACAUCUUACAGCCACUGAAAAAACUUACCUGAGAAAUUUACUCAAAAAUAUGGUCUCUUGUAAGGGUGGCGCUUCUUGUACAGGUCAUUUAGAUACUUCCUUUAGACUAAACGGUUUAGAUGAAAUUAAAAUUUAAUUAAAAAAUAUGCAUAAUUUAAACACAAGUUUUAUUUUAGAUUAUAAUAAUAUGCUAAUUUAUCAGUAUCACAACACAUCUAUAGCUAGCUUAUAUAAAUAAUUUUGUUCCUAUAGAAGAAUUUUAGAGCCAAUCAAAAGUAGUAAGAAUAGGUAUUUACAUUUUAUUGGCAGACAAACCAUAGGAUAUACAAAAUACAUUACCAUAUUAUAAGUCUAUGAUGUUGUACAGAGUGUACAAACAAUAUUCUGGCCACUUAUGAGCUUGCAUUAUGAGUCUGUAGAAAUCACAAACAGCAAUUUUAAUUGACUGUGUCCAAGCAAAUGAAUCAUAUUAAUAAUGGCCAACAGUCAACACAUAAUAUGGUUCAAAAUGAGUUUAAGUAUUUAUGUCAACUGGUUUAUGAUUUCUUGCAAAAGCUUACCAACAUUAUAAUAUUUAACGAAUAUUACAUCAUAAUUAAUUAAAAUUUCUAAGCCAAAAAGUUCAAGUUGCAGUACACAAAGAGUAAGUAUUUGAAGAUUGGAAAAUUUAAAAUUCCCUGUCCCUUAGCAACACUGGAGCGACCAAUGACCAAGUGUACAAGGCCAAGCACAACCAGCUGGAUAUUUCUUUGACCCACAUCGAAGCCAAGCUGUAGUUCAUUUGAUUGAGAUUGGAAUUUGGU